AUGGCAACUGAAGCAGAUCAAGCAAGAACUAAACGUCGUUCAAAAGUGAGUCUUUCGAAUUUCAGCGCGAAAUUGAGAUAGUGCGGCACGAGAAACAUACAAUUUGUCAACGGAGCACACUUACUCUACUGGUUUACUCAAUUGAGUAAAUGCGCUCUGUUGAUAAAUAACAAUUGUGUUUUCAUUUUUCGUAAAAGUGUUUCUCAUCAAAAUUCAACAUUCUAGAUCGAAGCAUGGUUGCAAGAUGUGGUAACUCGGCUAAAAAAAUGGACCCCUGGUCAUUGUCAACGUUUGUUUCACGAAAAAGAGCUGGUCGAGUUGUGCUAUCGAGCUCGCGAGACUUUUUGGAAAGACAACACGAAACUCGAUUUGGAGGCGCCAAUUAAAAUUUGUGGCGAUAUUCAUGGUCAAUUUGAGGAUUUGUUGGCAUUAUUUGAAUUGAAUGGAUGGCCGCCAGAGCAAAAGUAAGUGGAAGGCUAGAAUUCUGUAAACCUAAUAUAUUUUUUGGGUCGUGGAAGUUUUAUAGAAAAAAGUCCCCUCCGCGGAGAUCCGAUUUUCAAAGUUCCUACCCCUUAGCCUAUAAUCUUGCAGAUAUCUGUUCCUUGGCGACUACGUGGAUCGUGGUCCAUUCUCAAUCGAAGUCAUCAUUCUUCUUUUUGCUUUCCAAGUUCUUUACCCCGACAAAGUCUCGCUUUUACGUGGAAAUCACGAAAGUCGACCAGUCAAUAUGCAAUAUGGUUUUUUCAUGGAAUGCAAAAAACGUUAUUCGGUCAAUCUUUAUGAAUGUUUUCAAUUGGCCUUUUAUUGUAUGCCACUUUGUGCAGUUGUAUCAAAUAAGAUUAUUUGUAUGCAUGGUGGAAUAUCGGAGGAUUUGGUUGAUUUGAGGCAACUCGAAAAAAUUGAACGUCCUUGUGAUAUUCCGGAUAUUGGUGUCAUUGCUGAUCUCACUUGGGCUGAUCCGGAUGCGGUGCGUUUUUUUUUCGGAAUUUGGAAUUCAAGAGAGAGAAAUUUGUAAAAGUUCGAAAACAAGGUUCAUUUUUUCAGUCAGUCACCGGUUACCAAGAUUCGCCACGUGGCGCCGCCCGUGUUUUCGGCGUCGAUGCUGUCAAAUCAUUUUUGAAAAUGCACAAUUUGGAGCUGGUUGUCCGUGCUCAUCAAGUUGUCAUGGAUGGCUACGAAUUUUUUGCUGACAAAUCGCUUGUCACCAUGUUUUCAGCUCCAUCUUAUUGUGGACAAUUUGAAAAUGCGGCCGCUGUUAUGUCGGUUGAUGAAAAAAUGGUUGGUUUGAAAAUCUGGAAAUUAAAAAUAUCUGACUAUUUUUCAGCAAUGCACAUUUGUGAUUAUGCGUCCGGAUUUGAAGAAGAAGAAUACAGCGGAUGCGAAAUGA